UAAUACCAAAUAUCGAUAAACCUCUCUAACUCACAACAGACUUCUUCCUUUUUUGUUAUUAUUGCUGGCAACUGAUAUUCUGUCGCCAGGGCGAGAAUCUGAUCUGUCAAGUGUCAAAUGGAAGUGUUUUCUCGCCAUCUCGACCGUUAGAGGGAUAUUUCACGAUUGUCAAGCUACAACAAAAGUGAGAAAGAGAGAGAGAGAAAAAAGAAAAUCCGUCAUUCAAUUAUGUCGUAAUUAUACGCUCGAGAUGUGUCGGUGGCGUGCGACACGCGCAAUUAAACGAGAUUUAUCGCGACGGAGAUUAGGUUAUGACCCGAGCAUCGGCGAGUAGAGCGACGAUCUCCGCUGCGGGUCGCGCGUCACUCCCUCACGUUCGCCCUGACGUUGUGGGGGCCGAUGGCACGGCCCUCCGUAUCGGCGCAAUGCGACCUGGUCGCGUCUUACAUGGACGGGGUCCACGUCAAGAUCGCGGAGGCCUACAAACCACCGAGGAAGAUUGGCCUACCCGCGCCGUACAACAACCGAUUGCCCGAUGUGUCGAAGCUGGUGUACGACUUCAGCUUGGAGAGAUCGGUACUCGAGAAGAUGUGCGAGUGGCGCAAGGCUAGACAGGCCUGCAGCAAGGCGCGUCAGGCUCGACUGAAGGAGAAGAGGAAGAAGGAGGAAGAGGAGACUCCUCCGUCACCUCCGCCGCUGGAUUGCGCGAAGCAACCUAUCAAUGCGCCACCCGCAUCGGAAACAAUACUCACCCCGCAGCCGCUGUCACCCCCGGCGAACGACCUUCGGGAUCUCCACGUAAAGACGAACGGGGGUCUGGACUUCGCCGACUUCGACAACGACACGAGCAGCCCCUUCGACAAUAUGGAAUUAAAAACCAUCAAUGACAUGGAGGAAUUAGCGCAGGUUUUACAACCUAGAUUGCAAUGGGUACCCGCGGGAAAACUGGAGAAUAUUAUAAAUGAAUUAAGAGUCGAUGACAAGUCCGAGGUUUGUAAGGAGGAGAAACCCGAUACGGAGAGUCCGGCGGACGACGAAGCCGACGCGGACGCGCAUAGCAACGAAAAUCACCGUAGCGUUUCGGCAAUAAUGCAGGAACUUCAAAAGGAAUUGGAACGGCCUGUUAUGGAGAAUUGGAAGCCGUGGCCCGAUUUGGAGAGUCCGGACAACGACGCGCAUGUUACCACGAGGCACAACGACUCGACGUCGAAUCACGAGAAACCGUCGGCGGAUUUGUUAUCGGGCAUGACGGAGAGUGAUCUAAAAUUAGUCAUGCAACUGGACGAUAUGGGAUUUCCCAAGUGCAGAGCGGCACGCGCGGUAUUGGAAAUAGGCCGAGCGAACGAGAAGAAGAUCGUGGAAUACCUGUUGGCCGUUCAAUCCUUGGAGGAGAUUGGCGUCCCGAGUGAUUAUGCCGAGAAAGCGCUGACGCUCGCGCAGCACGAUCAAUCCAAGGCGAGGACCUACUGCGAAAAUUUGUGCACGUUGAAGGAUCUAGGAUUUCCCGAGGACGAAGCUUUCGCGGCAUUAGUAAAGUGUAAUUUUGAUCGUGACAAAGCGUUGGAUCUUCUGAUCGCUUGAGUGGACGAUUUGAGUCACCAGCCACGAAGUGAGAGACUAUAGAAAUUAUUUUUUUUUUUUUUGCGACUCAAUUUCAAUGCGAAAAUAUAGCAAAAUAGAGAACUUGAAUUUUUAUAUGUCGCAUGAAAGGUACAUCGAGUCAUAAUCACAAACGUAUAUUUUAAUAAAAAAAAAAAAGAUGUUAUUAGUGAGACUAGUCUUGAAUAAUGAUACCUCAAAGAAACUACAUGUAAUAAUUUAACUCGAUAAUCCGCCGUUAUGUCAUGGGAUUUGUUCGUUGAAUUCCUACUGGGCAUUAUUGAACAGCCGCUAUUGGUAGCCGCGACGCUGCGAAAUAAAUUACAAUUACAACAA